GCGCAAUUGAAACGUACCAAUUUGGACAUUCAAGGCCACGGAUGGGAAACACGCAAGUCGACGUGGAGCUGCGGUUCAUCAAUUCGGUACCGGCCGAAGCAAUACCAGAACCCGAUGCGGUCGUGGAAGUAUUGGUAGAAGCUGUGACGAGUCCCAACAACACCUUCAACCUCCCUCUGGAUCCAGACUCGAUUGCAGUCAGUUGUAAGUAACCAAAUGAUUCAGAUCCGCAUUCAGGUCCACUUCCGUCCGUCCGUGUUCCUCAGUACCCCGCGGGGCCUGGUUUGUUCAGCGACUGACUUCUGCUUGCCUGGCUCAUUUCUAACUUGGAGAGCCAUUUUCUCGACUGAUUUGUCUUUGUCAGACAGACAGAACGAUGCAUUUUUCCAACUGAUCUAUGACUUCCAAAAUACAGCAACCGUAUCGACGACCACCCAAGAACCAACGUCGUCCCUCGGCUCAACGCCGUCCGCCAAUGACUCGCCAACGACACAAGGGGCGACGACUGCCGUCCCAGUUGCCCCACCGGCUGUGUUUGUCGAAGCCAUUUUGUUGGAGCCUUUUGUGGAAGAACUGAACAAUCGCAGCAGUGAACAAUAUCAACAACUUGAAACACAAGUGAUAUCUGUGUGUGACUUUAUCUUCUUCCAAGCAUUUGGGACUAUUUUCAUCCGCACCAUAGUUCUUGGAUUUAGUCAACAAAUGGAAAACACUGAAGUAGAAGUGGAACUGGAGUUCAACAAUACUGAUCAAAUCCCAGAAGCUAAUGUGGUUGUAGACACAUUGGUACAAGCUGUGAAUAGUCCCAACACCAGUUUCCCCCUCACUUUUGACCCAGACUCAAUUAUAGUCAUUUCUGCAGAAACAACACCUCAGGGAUCCUCAGCAACAAACGAACCUAUACCAACAACUAAUGGACUGUCAACUAAUAAACUAACAAGCCCUGUUACAACAGCCAAGAGCUCAAUUGCUAACAAAUCAACAACUAUUGAUGACUCAACAGCAACUAUUAGCGUAUCUCCAAAAGAUGUUGAUGGAGCAACAACUAUUGAUAAAUCCAUAAGUACAAAUACUAUUGACAGACCAACAGCUGUUGUUGGACCAACAAUUGAUGUUAAUAGAUCAACAACACCUAUUGAAAAACCAACUAUUGUUGUUGAAUCAACAACUAUCAUUGACAAAUCAACAGCUAUUGAGGAACCAAGAGCAACUAAUGACAAAUUAACAACUACUAUUGGUAUUUCCACGACUACUGUUGACGAAUCAACUACUCUUGAUGAAUCAAUAAGUGAUUUUGAUCAAUCAACAGCUGUUGGCGGAUCAACAACUUUUGAUGUAACAAUUGAUAACUCAACAGCAACUCUGGACGAAUCAGCAACUACUGACAAACUGACAAACACUAUUGACAGAUCAACAACUAGUGACAAAUCAACAGCAAUGACUGAGGAGUCAACAAUUAUUGUUGAUGAAUCUUCUUCUGCUACCAUUGGCCAAACAACACUGCCUACAAUUGUUGUCGACAAAUCUUCAACUGCUGUUGAUGGAUCAAGUACUAAUGAUGAAUCAACAACUACUUUUGACAACUCAAUGGCAACUAUUAAUGAAUCAACAACUGCUAUUGCUAAAUCCACGACGACUGUUGACAAAACCACACCUCUUGUUGACGCAUCAACAAUGGCUGUUGAUUUGUCAACAGCUAUUCUAUAUGAAUCAACUACUCUUGAUGAAUCAGCAAGUGUUUUUGAUGGAUCAACAGCUGUUGAUGGAUUAGCAACUACUGACAUAAUUAUUAACAAACCAACAACAACUAUUGGCGAAUCAACAGCUACUGGUGGCUCAACAAUUAUUUUUGAUGAGUCAACCACUUUUGACAAAUCUACUGAUACAUCAACAACUGGUGUUGGACCAACAUUUGAAUUUGACAGAUUAACUACUACAGAUAUAUCAACUACUAUUGAGGAAUCAACAACUACUUUUGACAAAUCAACAGCCACGACUGACAAAAUAACCACUAUUGAUAAACUCACAACUAUUGUUGACAAAUCAACAGCUCUUGUUAAUGCAUCAACAGCUGUUGAUGGAUCAUCAACCACUGUAAGAACUAUCAACAAGUCAACAGCAACUAUUGACUCAACAAUGAUUUUCGAUGAGUCAACAACUUUUGACAAAUCAUCUACUAUAGAUGCAUCAACCGCUGGAACAACAAUUGAACUUGACAGAUCAAUAACUCCUGACAAAUCAACUACUAUUAAGGAAUCAACAUUUACUAUUGGUGAAUCAACAGCUACUAUUGGCAAAUCAAUACCGCUUGUUGAUGCAUCAACAAUUGUUGCUGACAGAUCAACAACUGCUAGAACAACUAAUAUUGAUGAAUCAACCCCUGCUAUUGACAAAUCAACAACUAUUAAUAAAUCAACGGCGACUAUUGAUGCAUCAACAAUUGCUGUUGACAGAUCAACUAUUGUUCUUGAUGAAUUAACAACUACUUUUGACAAAUCAACAAUUAAUGUUGACGUAUCAACAACAUUUGUUGAUGCAGCAACAGUUUCUGUCAAUGUAGCAAGUCCUUUUGAUGAAUCAACAGUUGUUGUUGGCUCAACAAUUGUAGAUGACAGAUCGACAACUACUGACAAAUCAACUACUAUUGACGAAUCAACAACGAUGAAUAAAUCCCCAACUAUUGACAAAACAACAAGUAAUGACGAAUCAACAGCGGUUGUAUCAACAAUCAAACUUUACAGCUCAACAACAAUUGACAAAUCAAUGACUAUUGACAAAUCAACUACUGCUCUACUAAAAGCUGUUGACCAAUCAACAACAAUUGACGUAUUGACUCCUGACAAAUCAAAAGCAAUUACUGAUAAAUCAACAACUACUAUUGACCAAUCAACAGCAACUGUUGUUGAAUCAGUGACUACUAUUGACAUAUCCACAACUUCUUUUGAAGAAUCAACAGCAACCACUGAAGAGUCAACAACUCCUAGUGACAAACCCACAACUAUUAACAAAUCAACAACAAAUGUUGUCCAAUUAACAACAGCAGCAACUGGAAGAAUAACAACCACUAUUGAUAAAUCAACAAAUACCAGUGAAGAAUCAACAUCAUUUGUUGAUGCAUUGCCUACGAUUGAUGAAUCAACAAGUUCUUCUGAUGACUCAACAACUACUAUUGGCUCAACAAUUGCAGUUGACAAAACAACAGUGGACAAAUCAACUACUAUUGGUGAAAUAACUAUUGACAGAACAACUAUUGACAAAUCAACAGCAAGUAUUGAUGAAACAACAGCUGUUCCAGGGUCAACAAUUGAAAUUGACAGAUCAACAAUUGACCAAUCAACUCCUACUGAUAUUGACAAAUCAACAUCUACUGUUGACAAACCAACAACUACUAUUGACGGAUCAACAAUGAAUCAAUUAACAGCAACUACAGAUGGAUCAACAACUCAACAGACAACUGCAGUCAUCUCAGUUAUCUCGCGAGUAGUGUCUAUUGAAGGGACUCUGGAAGAACCUUUUGUGAAUGAAUUUGAAAAUCGCAGCAGUGAACAAUACAAAGAACUUGAAACACAAGUGAUAUCAACGUGUGACUCGAUCCUCUUGCAAGAAUUUGGAACCAUUUUCAUCCGCACUAUUGUUAAUGGAUUUAGUCCACAACAGGGAAACACAAAAGUCGAAUUGGACCUGGAGUUCAACAAUUCAGUACCGACUGAUCAGAUCCCAGAAGCUGAGGUGGUUGUUGAGAAAUUGGUACAAGCUGUGAAUAGUACCAAUAAUACCUUUCCACUCACAUUUGCUCCAGACUCAAUUGCAGUCAUUACUGAUGCAUUGGAAAAUACUACAACUGAUGGACCAUCACCCACACAUGGGCCAACAACCACCCAUGUGCCCACCACUGAAGGGCCAACCAUCACUGAUGGGCCAACUAUCACCCAUGUUCCUACAAUUAAUAAUCCAACCACCACUCACAUCUUUACAACUCACGGGCCAAUGAUCACUCAAGAGCAACCCCCUAUUGAUGUGCCAACUACUCCCCAUUUGCCUACAACUCAAGGGACAACCAACACACAAGGACCAACUCCCAUAAAAGGGCCAACCACCCGACACGUCCCUACAACUAAAGGGCCAACCAUCACUCAAGAGCCAACCCCCACCCAUGUCCCUACAACUACAGGGCCAACCAUCACUCAAGAGCCAACACUCACCGAUGUCCCUACAACUAAAGGGCCAACCGUCACUCAAAAGCCAACCCCCACCCAUGUCCCUACAACUAAAGGGCCAACCAUCACUCAAGAGCCAACCCCCACCGAUGUCCCUACAACUAAAGGGCCAACCAUCACUCAAGAGCCAACCCCCACCCAUGUCCCUACAACUAAAGGGCCAACCAUCACUCAAGAGCCAACCCCCACCGAUGUCCCUACAACUAAAGGGCCAACCAUGACUCAAGAGCCAACCCCCGUUCAUGUCCCUACAACUAAAGGGCCAACCAUCACUCAAGAGCCAACACUCACCGAUGUCCCUACAACUAAAGGGCCAACCGUCACUCAAAAGCCAACCCCCACCCAUGUCCCUACAACUAAAGGGCCAACCAUCACUCAAGAGCCAACCCCCACCGAUGUCCCUACAACUAAAGGGCCAACCAUCACUCAAGAGCCAACCCCCACCCAUGUCCCUACAACUACAGGGCCAACCAUCACUCAAGAGCCAACACUCACCGAUGUCCCUACAACUAAAGGGCCAACCGUCACUCAAAAGCCAACCCUCACCCAUGUCCCUACAACUAAAGGGCCAACAAUCACACAAGAGCCAACCCCCACCCAUGUCCCUACAGCUAAAGGGCCAACCAUUACUCAAGAGCCAACCCCCACCCAUGUCCCUACAACUAAAGGGCCAACCAUCAAUAUAGGACCAACUCCUACCAAUGUCCCUACAACAACUAAAGGGCCAACAAUCACUCAGGGGCCUACUGCUCCAAAUCUAACAACUCCAGCAGUAGUCCCCACAUCUUCACCACCGGUUGUUGUGCUGUCAGCAACUUUGGAGGAACUGUUUGUGGAAGAAUUCAACAAUGUCAGCAGUUCACAAUACAUAGCCCUUGAAAGGAGGGUUGUGAAUUCGUGUGACGCCAUCUACAGGGCAAGAUUUGGCAUUUUCUUUAUCCGUAUCUUUGUUAUUCGAAUUUUCCGCGCUGUGGUGUUGACGCGAAUGGGAAACACGCAAGUGGAAGUUGGACUGGUGUUCAAGAACACAUCUUCCACUCCCACGGACAACGAAGUCGUUGCUACUUUAGAGGAAACUCUUGGUCAGCCCAACAACACCUUCAACAUCCGCCUUGUUACCGAGAGCAUUGAAGUCAUCGACUCUCCGCACAAAAAUUCAACGACAGCAAAACCCAACGCCACUGCGGCUCCAGCUACAACGGCCACCAAGAAUCCCGUGACGAGCACCACAUCACUCACAACUCAGACUUUGAGGUUUACGUCUGUCGGCGAGGUGUUCACAAGCGACUUGCUCAAUCAGUCGUCUACUGCGUUUGUCAGUCGAGCGUCGCUCAUCAAGAAGACGCUUGAACCAUUCUACAAUGUCACGUUUUCUUCAUUCAACGACCUGACAGUAACGUCAUUCAGUAAUGGCUCUAUUGUCAACUCCAUGGACUUGAGAUUCGAAUCCAGCCUGGUGCCCAGCAAUAAUGCCAUUGCUAACGUUUUGAUCAACGCGGCGUCCAACAUCACAGUCUUCAACGUGGACACCUCAUCCAUUUUUGUCAACGGCAUACUGUUUUCAAGCGCAGCGAGCCAUAAGACGAGCCUCAUCACCGCAUCUGGCAUGGUGCUGGUGUCAUGGUUACUGGUAGGCCAGCAGUAGCAUCUUGGGCCAAUUUACCAAAAUUGGUCGCCAGGGAUUGCCGAUUGCCAUAUCAUUAAGCUCUAUUUAUAGGGAGGUGUAUGUAAAUCAAAGCUUUUGGAUUUUCUGACUGUCUAGUAAAAUUAAAGCCUGUAGAUACUAUUUAAAUGGGAGCUUUGUACACUGUGUAAGAACUGAAGUCUUUUGACAUGCCAUACAAAUGAAAGUUGUUAUACACUGUGUACAAAUUAAAGCCUUUUAAAACUAUAUACAAAUUAAA